AUGUCCACCAUCAUUACAGAGGCCAUAUCCCACGAAGACAUAAAAAAAAGAUCAUAUGCAAACCUUGCAGGUGCAGCAACUUCAGCCAAAAAUAAAGACUUACGAAGAACCCUUGAAGAGGCUGUUCAUCAGCGGUGCAACGGCCGAAGACCUUAUUCGUGGCAGUUGGAUGCCUCAGAGGCAUUUUCUCUAGGCCUCGACUGUACAAUUAUUGUGGGCACAGGCUCAGGCAAGACACUGCCAUACAUCAUAUCUCCAUUGAAAACAAUUGAAGACAAGCAAGCUCACCAAUUCCGCAUGUGGGGUGUCCAGUCAGUUGCAGUCAAUGGAGACACAUAUGACAAAGACUUACAUAGGUCGCAGGCUGGCUUUAGGAGGCUCCACAAAAUGCUGCCUGCACGUCUGAAGGGCCAGGUUGAUUUCUUGAACUCACCACGCACACGGAAAACUGUCUUACAAGACUUUUGUGAUGGCAAAAUCAGGGCCAUACUGAAAAAGAAACAGGGACCCGACAUACCUGAUAUAGAACUGGUGAUUCAGUUUGGAGUUCCGCCAUCCCUAACUGUGUGGCUUCAACGAGCUGACCAAGCUGCUUGCCAUUUCUCUCUUCAAGGCCAGGCUAUAUUGAUGGUUGAGGAAUAUGUCCUACAACAAAUAGGUUUAAGGAAAAACAAGACUGAAAAAGAGGAAGGACAAUCAGAGAAUGAUUUAGAUGAAUCAGAAAACGACAAGGACGCAGAACAAGAAAACACAUACCAUAAGAAAAUUGAUGAAGCAUUUUGUGCUUGGAUUGAAACCAAAACUUCACCUACUGGAGUCUGCUAUGACGACUGCAGCACCCCAUUCCACACCCUUUCAGAACCCAGUGAUAUUGAAGAAGAAGACUCGCCCAGCAAUGAUCUGAACCCAGCAGGCAACACACCCUCUACACCAUUAGACGCAACUCAAAGCUCGUACUCCACCUGGAGCUGGACAUCCUCACGCACUCCUACUGCCUCAUCUCUUCCACUUUUCACACCUUUACAACUGCAACCUCAAGUACCAGCCUCCAGCUCACCUUUUUCCACUUGCAGCAUUGCAGUCCCAGACCACAUCCAGCAAGCCACUUGUGUAUUAAAUACCGCUGCACCAGAUCUUCAAAAGCUUCUACAAGGACAAGAUAUUAAUGCUAGGAUCAUUAACAGCGCCGUGAAGGUCCAGAAGGGUGUCAUAAGUGGUCCUUCUCCCCAAAAUAGACCCAAAGCACCAAGCACCAAUACCCAUAAGGGCAAGGAGCAAGAUUCUGCUAUGCUAGAAGCUGUCACAUCUUGGCAACCAGAUUCUUGUGCAAGAUUUUUUGCAGUGUAG